UUAUAGGGGGACUAGUGUAUCUGGGAGGGGUAUAUUUCCCAGAAUACAACACGAGGGGAGGCUGUAAUAUGACGUUUCUAUUUAAUCAUGGUACCAUUAGGGAGGAGAUGGGAAGAAAGUGCUAAGCUACCCGAAACAUAAACCAAGUCGGCAUUUGCGCUGCACCGGAACAAGUGAGCACGCUGUCCUCUGUGCACACUCACCCACCAGAGGAGGCCAGCCCAGCCGGGACCAUGAGCGAGCGUGGCCCUCGCACGGAGGCCUCCAUGUUUUUGCAGGUGGAGGUGGACCGCCUCGAGCGAGAUGACAAAGAGGACAACGAUGAAGACAAGAUGGCGCACUACGACGACGACGACAAAGAUGACGACGACCUGAUGUCGGCACCCUCGGGCUCCCGCGUCUACGACCGCACUACGGUGCUCAUCGAGCAGGACCCCAUCCGGCUGGACGAGGAGGGAGAGGAGGACCAUGGACACUGCGUCGGGGGGGACCACGACGAUGGGGGCACUUUCCUGGUUGAUGAGGAGGAGGAGGAGGAAGAGGAGGAAGGCUCUAUGACCUUCAUGGGUGACCAGGACGGCAUGUCGCAGGGAUACGUGCAUCACACCAUCUCGCCCGACCAGAUCCAGUUCAUCAUCAACCCGGGGUCCAUGGCCAUGCCACGCAACAUCGAGGGGGCCACACUCACCCUGCACUCGGAGUGUCCGGAGACCAAGCAAAGAGAGGUGAAGCGGUACCAGUGUAUGUUUGAGGGCUGCACACGGACCUACAGCACGGCGGGCAACCUGCGCACACACCAGAAGACCCACCGGGGCGAGUACACGUUUGUGUGCAACCAGUUGGGCUGCGGCAAGGCCUUCCUCACCUCCUACAGCCUGAAGAUCCACGUGCGCGUUCACACUAAGGAGAAGCCAUUUGAGUGCGACGUGCAGGGCUGCGAGAAGGCCUUCAACACUCUGUACAGACUGAAAGCGCACCAGAGACUGCACACGGGGAAGACGUUCAACUGCGAAUCGGAGGGAUGCACAAAGUACUUUACCACACUCAGUGACCUGAGGAAGCACAUUCGCACUCAUACAGGGGAGAAACCAUUCCGGUGUGACCAUGAUGGUUGCGGCAAGGCGUUUGCUGCCAGCCAUCACCUAAAGACGCACGUGCGGACACACACAGGGGAGAAGCCUUUCAAUUGUCCCAGCAACGGCUGUGAGAAAGCAUUCAGCAGCCAGUACAGUUUGAAGAGUCACGUCAGGGGCCAUGGGGACAAGGGCCAGCCCUUCAGUGUCACCCUCACUCACCCCCUGUCCGAGGAUGCAAAUCAUUCACUGUGCCUCAGUGACUUGAGCCUCAUCUCGACUGACUCUGAGCUCAGAGAAAACAUCCACAAUUCUCAGCACUUGGACUUGAACAAUGUUACCCCCGUGAGGAUCUUCGAGCUCAUGUUCCAGAGUCCGGAGAACAGUGUCAGUCAAGACGAUGCACAUCCUCACGAGAGCCUUGUCGAAGCUUUUGGCCAGGAGACUGGUCAGUCCACCAUGGGCGAUGGAUCCACCCCCAUCUCCUUCUCAUUCUCCCUUGUCCCUUCCUCCUCAUCGUCCUGUUCCCACCCACACUAUCACCCUCACUACAACACCACCUCCACCACUGUCCUGGAGGCUUCCUCCCAGCUCCCUCUUAGCCAAACCCCCUCUUCCCAACCGCCAGCAUCUCCUGCCACCAUUAGUAAUGUUACCGCAAUCAGCUCCACCCAGCCCCUUGCCACCUUCGUACCCUUACCCACUGCCAUGCAGACACCAGAUAUGCCUGCCCCCAAUGUGGCGCUGCCCGUCCAGACCACUCCAAUAGUGCCCUCUGCUGCGCCAGUAUUGGUGCCAGGCCUAGCCCUCGCCAACGCGGCUCUGGGCACUGUAGUUGCUGCCACCCCCACAGAGACUGUGCCGCUGCAGGCCGUGGUUCACACACACACCGUGCCUUUGGCCAGCAACACCAACCCUGCCCUGGCUCCCCCAGCCUCUGCCCCCACCAUCGCCCCAAGUCACAGCCACACCCAGAGCCUGCUGCAGCCCAGCAUCGUCAUGUCCGACCAGAACCUGCAGUGGAUCCUUAACACCGCUGCCAACAGCCAACAGAACCCAGAGCAAGCGCCACACGGAGGUCCAAAAGUGGAGAAGGUCUUCUUUACCACAGCCAUACCAGUAGGAGGCAAUUCAGGCAACUCUGUCCAGCAGAUCGGCCUCAGCCUGCCCGUCAUCAUCAUCAAACAGGAGGAGUCCUGCCAGUGCCAGUGUGCCUGCAGGGACUCUUCUAAAGACAAGCUCUCGAACAAGAGCAGCAACGCCUCGGCAGCACCACAACAACAGCCCACAGUGCUCCCCGCUCCUCUACCACCCUCCGCUCCCGUGGCACUGCCCUUUUCCCCCGUACUCCCCCCGGCACCCUCUUCCCCCUUGUGCUGCCUCCCACCGCUCACCUCGGAAGUGAACGAGUCCCCUCCUCUUCCCCAAACAGGAGCGGUACUAGGACCGGGUAGCCCCUCGACCUCUGUACAGACGUUCCCCCCAGGGGUGACCACGGCGACCACCAACCCCCCUCCUAUCACGUCCAUAGUGGCCAAACCAUCCGUGUCGGAAUUCCUGUCCCUGCAGAGCCCCGAGAGCACGGCCAACAUCGAGGCUCUGCUACUGGUGACCAGCAAUGAUGACUUCACUCUGGCCACCGCUGGCACUAGCACCACCACCAACCCCUAGUGGACACUCAGGCUUCGUCCCUAUUCUCCACUCUUCUCUUGCAUACUCCCAGUCAUGGAUUUAAAAGCAUUUUUGUGUAAGUGUUGGGCAGAGGGAGUUUCUACCAUUGUUAAAUUAAAGGGAGUGUGCAUAUGCACAUAUUAGGAGAGGAUAUAGAAUCAGGACGCAGCCGUACUAGCCGAUUUACCCACUACGCAUCCGCUUUUCAAGUAUUGUAAGUGAAACUUAAUGAGGGGGCUUAUUUUGAAAAAGCAGCUAAAUGCAUGCCAGUCAAGAAAAGUGUUCUUAAUUAGCUGGUUCUCCAUCAAACAAGACAAGGUCCUAAGCACUGAUCAUUUGAAAGGCCCGAGGAACUAUUGUGUGCUUCUAAUAUGGCGUGAAGCUGAUUCCUGAGAGCAACAAAACAUUGUCUAUAUCCAUGUACUGUACAAUAGUUCUUAACUGUAACUAUUAUGAUUAGUUGGUAAGUGAUUGACCAGAAUGCACUGCAUGUGAAGUGAAUUGGAAUUUCAUCAACUAUAUUUCCUACAAGGAAUUAGUGUUGCCAUUCCCUUAAAAGCAAUGUCUUGCUAAUGCCAUAAUGUGAAGAGUAAUUUCCAGUGUUUUACCUAAAUUAGCUAGUGUAGUCCAGAUCAUUGUUUUGUCUUUUGUCUCACUUUGUUUGUUUUUGUCUUUCUUUACAGGCAUAUUUACUAAUUGAAAAAGAUAUUGCCUGUGACGCAAUUUGCUUGCCUUUUAAAUAUAAUUUAGAAGUAAAUGCAUUAGUAAUAAGCCUAUAACUUAAUAUUUAAUUUGUCAAUAAUAUUUUAUUUAUUGGAGAGAAAAAAAAUCUAAAUCUCUGACCUUAGACUGUCAUCAAGUCACAGCUUAUUCAUCAUCAUUGUAAUCAUUGUUAAUUUAUUCCACUUUUCUCCCAAGGUUUCUUUUUUAGUCCCCCCCCCUGUUACUGAUUUUUGUUUUAUGGAGCCCCUCUCAGUCUGUUUCAGAAAGCUGUUUCAACACAACGCAAUUAAUUGUAUAUCAAGGUUGUCAAAAGUCCUAAAUUGAGUUUUGGUCAGCAAAACCUCUUCACAAUGAAAUCAUGAAUCAAGUAUGAAAAUAAUUGCUCACGACACUGUUUCUCUAUGAAUUAUGACGCACUCAGGGAUGCAUCAUGGCAUAUCUCAUUUAUACAGCUUGAGAUUUUCCUUUAUUUAAUAAGAGAUUGUCCAUUUUGACAUUUUAGAAGGAAACUGCCCGGAUGCCCAUCGAUUGUAGUAGCCCCCUUUUUCGGCUGCACUCUCCCCUCUUUGUGCACCGUCUAAUAUGACUAGUUAUCUGCGUUAUUACUAUGACUAUUUAAAUACCACUGCUGUCAGAAGGGGUUUCUGAAGGGCGUUGAUGAUGGUGUAAAUACAUUACAUUUAAAUAUAUGAACACUUAUUCCUUCAGAUUGUUUAAGAAUGUAUUUGUUUUGUAUAUACAUUUUGAAUAUGUAGACUUGAACCUUGGAGACUAAAGACAAUACCCCCCUGCGCUGCCCUUUGUCUUUGCAUUCUGCCCCCAUGCAGAUGCUCUCACAUCUUAUGCAGAAGAGUUUAAAAUGAAGCCUAAUAAUGGUUAGUUUUAGGGCCACUGGCUACUGUGCAGUCAACAUAGUAUUUAUUUUCAAAUGCAAGUGUAAGUAACUUAGAGUAUAUGACAAUAUUGUUUCACAUGGGACAUAAUGCAAUGAUUAUUAACAAAAAAAAAAAUAAUUGGAGAGAAGGCAUUAUGCCCAAAUAUCAUGUGUAGAGCAACCUUGCCUUACUACAGGAUAUCUCACUUGCUGUGGCUUACUGAGCAGUCUCCUUGUCUUGUCAAUCUUUGCCUAUGGCUUGAUUUGGACACGCUGCUUGAUCACGUUCUCCUGUUUAUCUAGUCUUGUUCAAUGCCUUUUAGCAGCUGUCUACAAGUGGACAAAAUUACAUUGAAAAGAAAUGCUUAAUUUUUUUGAUUGAAGAUUUAACAGAUAAAUGUGCCAACAAAUCAAAUGAUCCCAAUUAUUAUUUUUAUGUAAUUUAUUUGUGAAGAUGUUACUGCAGAAAUAUACUGUAGAUUGAAAUUGUUUCUCUUGAUUCUUUGUAGUACUGUAUUGGAGACAACUUAUUAAUACUUUAUUUUACAGAUCACUACAUCAAUGUUGUAGUUGGAAAUUAGAAUUACAUCAACAUUUUAAUUGCUACUUCACAGGCAUUGAUUGACAGCAGCUAUCAUGAUCUAUUAUUUAGCAUGUAAAGGGUGACCGAGAUCCAACCUAGGCGUCAUCAUGUAUCAUAGGAUAACAGAGCACGCAGGAAAUCUUUAUCUGGCAGACCUGAGUAGGAGAAAUGUGUAAACUAACAUGGGCUUUGCCCUUUUCCUGUUUUGAGAUUUAACUGAUACCAAAACUUGAUGAUAACCUGGAAUAUUGAUUAAUGUAGUUAGCACUUAAAAUUGGGUCCACUAGAUUGUGAAUUGUGAUUUGAGAUUGUGGGGCGGCAGGGUAGCCUAGUGGUUAGAGCGUUGGACUAGUAACUGAAAGGUUGCAAGUUCAAAUCCCCAUGCUGACAAGGUACAAAUCUGUCGUUCUGCCCCUGAACAGGCAGUUAACCCACUGUUCCUAGGCCGUCAUUGGAAAUAAGAAUUUGUUCUUAACUGACUUGCCUAGUUAAAUAAAGGUAAAAUUAAAAAUUAUUAAAUAAUUAGUUUCUUAUUGAUAUUUAUACUAAAUACAAAUAUUAACGCAACCAUUUUUAAAAGAUUUUACAGAGUUAGUUCAGAAAAGGAAAUCAGUAAAUUUGAAAUAUAUUCAUUAGGCCCUAAUGUUUGGAUUUCACAUGGGUGGGCCUGGGCCCACCCACUGGGGAGCCAGGCCCAGCCAAUCAGAAUGAGUUUUUCCCAACAAAAGGGUUUUAUUACAGAUCUAAAUAAUCAUCAGCUGUCUCGGUGGCUGGUCUCCGUCAAUCCCACAGGUGAAGAAGUUGGAUGUGGAGGUCCUGGGCUGGCGUAGUAACACGUGCUUGGACGUAUUGCCAAAUUCUCUAAAACGAUGGAUGUGGCUUAUGGUAGAGAAAUGAACAUUCAAUUCUCUGGCAACAGCUCUGGUGGCCAUUUCUGCAGUCAGCAUGCCAAUUGUGCGCUCUCUCAAAACUUGACAUCUGUGGCAUUGUGUGCCCAGCAUAAGGUGCACCUGUGUAAUGAGCAUGCUUUUAGUCAGCUUCUUGAUAUGCCACACCUGUCAGGUGUAUGGAUUGACUUGGCAAAGGAGAAAUGCCCACGAACAGGGAUGUAAACAAAUUUAUGCACAAAAUUAGAGAGAAACAUUUUGGGAGUAUGGAACAUUUCUUGGAUCUUAUUUAUUUUCAUGAAACAUGGGACCAACACUUUACAUGUUGCAUUAAUAUUUUUGUUCAGUAUAGGUAUUCCCCCUGACAAUGCUGGUCAAUAACUAAAUGUAUUGUAAAUAUGAAUCCUGACCCACCCUCUUACUGCCCUCAACAUGUUCACCUCCAAUUCGAUGCAUACCUUUUUAAAGAAAAUAUCUAUGCAAUGAUUUGACUGCAGUUUUCCUUAAAGUACAAAAUGCAAAAAAAAAAACUUACCAACCUUUUACGUCAAUGUCUUGGUCCAAGUAAUUCUGUUAAAUCAAUAUUCAGGUUUGCUAAUGUCAACUUUGAAGGCUCAACUUUCUCAUUUGUGAAGCUCCAUGUACGUAACCAUUUUUGCUCACCAAUCUUUCAGUAUUCAACUUAGCGGUAUGACCAACUUAGCAUCCUAUUUUGAUCACCAUGAUCAUCCAUUUUAUGUGAAGGUCCAAUUUAUUAUGUGUGAUGUAUCAUGUUUGAGGUGGGGCUGUGAGCCUGGGCAUUGAAAUGUUUUUUUAUUUUUUAUUAUUACCCCCAUUGCUUUCCAUUGAAUUGUCUCUUUUUAAUUUUUUUAUUUUAAUAUUUUUUACAUGUACUUGUUUUGCCUCCCAUGUGAGUUACCUGGUUAAACACUAACUGGAUUUGCUUCGGGAAAAAAUUACUACAAUAUGAUUCUGUUGUAAGAAUUAUUUGUGUCAAAUGUUGUACGCUGCAUCUUUUUUUAAGUUUUGGGUGAAAGACAAUCAUAUUUUCUUGUGUUCUCAUACUGUAUGUGCUGUUUUUGCUCAAGUCAUCUCAAUUAACUUUACGUUAAUCUGUAAGGGUGAUACAAAUUUGGACCCGAUUUGUUAGACCCAUUGUUAGAAUUGAAAGUGCUGGUUCUACCUUUGCUAGAAGAUACUGACCCUACUGUUAAGCUUGUUUACACUGAGCUGCACUAGACUCAAAAUGCAAUCAUGAUUACAUUAAGGCACUGGAGCCAGCACAAGAUAUGGGUGGGAAAACAUACCUCAAUGCAGGGAUGGGAUUUGCCACUGUACUCCAAAAAACUGCCCUUUUCAUCCUCAUGCUAGCUAGCAGUAGCCACAGCAGCCAUUGUGGAAUGGCACAGAUACCCACUAGUUACCACAACCACAAAUUGGGUGUAUUGUAAAACGUCAUGAAAACAAGCUUUCUUACUGUAAAGAAAGGUUUAGGCAUAAGAUUAGCAUUGCGGUUAAGUUUAGGUUUAAAAUUUCAUUUUGGGGAGAGAAAUGGAAGAAAUAGGUGGGGUUUAUGACUGAAUUCAUGAAAACAAAAAAUGUGAUUUUCUUAAUUUAAGGUAGCAGUGUGAUUAGGUUUAAAAUCACAGUUUGAGAAGAGAAAGGGCAGGGUCUAUGUCUGUAGUAGCUAGUAAUGACCAAGGGCACGUCACAUUGAACAAAAAAAAGCUAGCUGAUUGGCUGACUGCCAUUCCAAAAUGGCUAUGGGGAAUACUGCUAGCUAGCAGGAGCACAAAAAUUAUAAAACUAGCAAUAUAUCAAUCUUCUCUGUGGAUCUGUGUAAAGAUAAAAUUGAGUACAGUAGAAUAUCCCAGAGGUACGUUUUCCGACACUUACCUCGCACGAGCUCCGCAGUGGCCAGAGCAGCAGGUAGCCUAGCGGUUAAGAGUGUUGGGCCAGUAAUCGAAAGGUCGCUGAAUCGAACCCCAAGCCAACCAGGUGAAAAAUCUGUCUGUGCCAAUGAGCAAGGCACUUAGCCCUAAUUGCUCUGGAUAAGAGUGUUUACUACAUUACUAAAACGUAAAUGUAACCAUGGUUCUGACCCCAGUAGAGCUGUUUAAACAAGGGUUGAGUCUGUCAUGUUCAGCCUUUAUGGAAUAGAUUUUACUUAACCUUUAGGUUAAAUUGUCAGGCGAAUAACAGCUCAAAUGGGGAUUUAUUUUGUAGCCAAUGGUCAGAUGCUUAGAAUGGUGAGUUCAUAGGUGCAAAACACUGGCGGAGGUUUUGAAAAAGUAGUUUGUAUUUUGGAAUUCUGUUCAUAGUUAAGUACACAUGAUUAUUUGAGCACUCAAUAUGUAAAAUGAGGGUGAAACUUAAUAAUCCGGAGGAAUGUCUUCAACACCCAAAGAGUGAGAAGUUGUGAAGGAUUUCUAUUUUUAAAAGAAUGUAUCAUGUGAAAUUGGUUUGCUUACCCUUGUUUUGUAUGAAGUAGUAUUGUAUAAUAAAGCAAGUACUUUUUGAAUUGA